AUGGAGGCCGAGGGAUCCGAUUAUGAGGGACGCGAGGUGCCAAGCACACUGGUCCGACGUGCGUGUGAUCAAUGCCGUCUGCGCAAGAUCCGAUGCGAUAAGCGCACGCCGUGUUCCAAUUGCCGAAGCUCCAGCAUUGCAUGCCGAUCUACCGGCGAAGGACAGAAGCCAUCGGAACCCCGCCGCCGAGUUUUGAUCUCAAAUCAAUAUGAGAAAAAGAUCGACUCGAUCGAAGAACGCUUGGCAAGCAUUGAAAGUACUCUACAACAGCUAGCAAAAAAUACAUCUCAAGUCCAAGGCUUCACAACAUCAAACCCGCGCGAGUCUCAUUUCGCCCCUUCGCCUCAGAAGUCGACUCCUACGCAGCCGUCAUCCACCACACGGAACCAUGCAAAGUCCAAGGGCCCUUUGUAUCUAGCGAAUCCUACCCUCGAGCAGCACGAUUCCAGCUCUGGCUUCGAGGGUAGCUCAUCUCUGACUGCCCAUGGAGCCUACGCGAGCGCGUUCCUUGAAUCCGCUGUGUCCAAAGGCUCGCCGCAGGUUUUGUCCAGUCCGAAGAUCAACGCGGCUCUCUCAUCGCUGAAGCAGCUUGUCGGCAUCCAGAAUCAGCGCCGAGAAGCGGACUUGCAGGGGAGUCAAUUUCCCACCAAAAAUGCGAGGCUAGGUGUGAGACGUGACAUCCGUGACCUGGAGAUGCCACCUUUAUCAUUGGUUCUAGACCUCUUGAGAAAGAUCCAAGAAACACCACCGGCCUGCUUUGGUGGCUACGUCCCCUUCCUCAGUGUAAAAUAUUUCACUGAAAAAUGCCGUGAAGUUUACUUCUGCGUAGACGAUUACUCCGAUGCUGCAUUUGUUGUAACCAACUUUUGCCUAUACAGUAUUCUAUAUGAAUACGGCGCCAUGCAGAAGGAUGCUACUAUGCGAGAAGAAGACCAGCACUACAUUGAGAUGUGUCGCGAAAACCUGGAGACAGCACUUGCCAAUUUGAAUAUUUUGAUGCCCGCAAACCAUGAAUCAAUCAUGGCAUUAGCUAUAGGAGCUAUACAUGCACUCGAGAUUUCCAAACCAUCGGUUGGCUGGACGCUAGCAUCAACGGCCAUGAAUCUGUGCCAGACACUGGGAUAUCAUCGCUUUAGUUCAAUGGAGCACGAGCCCAUAUCAGUCCAACGCCAAAAGCAACAUCUAUUUUGGUCUGUCUACACAAUUUUGAAUAUGAUGUCCCUGCGUCUAGGACGUGCCUCAUCCAUCCAGACCUACGAUAUCAGACUACCUAUACUCGAAGAAAACCCAGAUGUCCCCCACCCAUGGGGGCCCGUCUGCAUAUGGUGGACUAGGUCUGCCAUUAUCCAAAGCGAGGUUUACCAGUAUCUGUAUAGCCCGGAGGCACUGCAGAAGCCACAAAAUGAAAGAGUCGCACAUGCACGCAGAUUAGCCGCUGAGAUGCAGUCGAAGGUUAUGGAGCCAUUUGAGGAAUUCAUGUCGUCCGAUCUUAAAGUAUCCGAGAUCGACCUCAUGUAUCUUGCAACUGAUAAAGUCAGUCGACUGGCCAUCCUGACCUUGAUCUACCGAGCAAUUCCAGCAUCAACAGAGUCAGGCUCUGCCGCCACAUUCAUACCCGAAUGCAUCGAUACAGCCCGGCAAGCCCUGGAAAUCCACCGACAGUGUGUUGCAGCACUUAAUGAGACAGACGAUCUGCUGAAAAUAUCCUACAUGCACUGGGGCAUCCUCCUAUCCCCCUUCGUCCCCUUUAUUGUAAUAUUCUGCAACAUAAUAACAACCUCGAAUGCCGACGACCUCUUCCUACUCGAAGAGUUUAUCGCCUCCCUCCAGCCGCUAAGCGCGUUCUCCCAAUCUGUCGAUAGACUGCACACUCUGUGUUCAGUGCUCGGCACCGUUGCUCGACUCUACUUCGAGGCCAACACCCGGACCCAGACAGCCGCAGACCAAGACCAAGAUCUCGCCCAGGUCGGCCAGGAAUUCGAUGUUUAUCUCAGUGCCCUAGGACUAGCGCCUACAAACUAUAUGAACACUACGAACAGCGAUAAUUUCCAGAUGGGAAACUCGCAGGGAUAUUUCCAGGCAGAUAAUCCUGCUAUCCAUGUUAAUGCGGCGGAAUUGCCGCAGCAGCAUGUGGGUGGGUUCUCGGCGCCGCCUGAUGCAUCUCAAGUGCAGGGACAGGGUUCGGGGACUGCUGCGCAAUUGGGGAAUUGGUUCUGGGGGAAUCAGUAUAUGAUGGGGCUUUUGGAGGAGGAUUUGUCGCAUCCAGCAAAACCUUACAUCCAUCUGCACUUAUAA